AUGGAUGAGCUGCAGAAGAAACUGAAUCAGAGACAUGAUGCGAGACCCCGCAAAGUGAGAUUCAAAAUCUCAUCUGCAUAUAGUGGCCGGGUCUUAAAGCAGGUGUAUGAAGAUGGACAGGAACUUGAAAUCCCACAGGAAGAAUAUCCUCAUCGGCUUCGAAAAUGCAGCUUUGAACCUAGAGACCAUUUGUUUGGGAUCAGAGAAGCCCAAGAACCAAGGCGUUGCCCACCAGCUAAACUCAGUGCUCAGAGGAUCAGUGUAUUCAGAGAAGGAAGCAAGUAUACCCUCACAAGUAGCCCUUCCCUCUUAAAAGAGUACCAGGCAAAUGAUAACCGUAGGCAUCCCCCCAUUUUAGAUUUUGGCAAGAUUAUCAUCUACACCAGUAAUCUGAAAAUCAUCAGAACGUCUAUGAAUAAGAAAGAGCUGGUGAGAAAACUUAUUCAGAAUGACAGUGUUGAUGACUGGUCCCUCACACACCGUGAAGAAAAAGGUGAAAACAGUAAUAACAAAAGUGAUGGGGACAAGAAGGACACUGGACAUCAGCUUGUACUCAACCAAGAUAUGCAACAUUUUAAUGUGGUUCUGGCAACUGGGUUACCAGUCCCUUUCGAUGACUUUGUCAAAGUCAGUUAG